GAUUUUCCCUGGGACUUUGCUAGGCGUCUAACAUCUGAGCUGGAGCACGCACAUAAUACAGUCUAGUGUCCUGUCUGUAAAGCAAUUGCAGCGCGCUGAAGACUGCAAAAACUUGGGUAUCUCUACUUUCCAUCGUCAUUGGCCUUUGUGGGAACUGAAGUCGAGGUGGAUGCAACUUAAACACGAACAUUAUAAAAAUAAGUUUGGCUGCUUAUUUAGAAAAGUUUGAAACCAAUGUUUUGUUGCCUGCUUUGAGUUUCUAUCGGAGAGUCUGGAACUCGAAAUACAUGCUGAAGACAAACUCAUACUCUUUCGCUUUAAAAAACAACUUUCCCUUAAUUAUUUAUUUAGUCUUAAUUGUUUAAGGUGGCCCAAUCACGGCUGUGAAUGAAGAAUCCAGUUAGUCAACCAACUUGCUAACUUUUAGAACUUUCGUUGCCAGCGAAGUUGAAAGAAAUCAGGGUCUUCAUGAGGAAAUUCAACGUGCUAGUUGAAACUCUGUCCUAGUAAUAGCCUACAGCUGAGCGCCUUUCUCGUGUUUUUGCGUUGCGGUUAUAUUUUCAACUUUUAUUUAACCGACUCAAUGAAGACGAUGUUAGUGUUCUCUACGGUUUACACAUUUGCCGUGCUGUUUGUUACGACGAAGGCUGAGCCCAAGUCGACAAGCUGCAAUGAAGUUAGGGCUGCGUACCGUUCCAAAGGCUUCAACUCCAAUGAUGUUCCCAACAAAGGAAUACACGGAAUCCAUCUGAAGGUGUGUCCCCAGGAAUACUCAUGCUGUACGCUGGAGAUGGAGGAGAAGCUGAGUCAGCAGAGCCACUCGGACCUGAAGGCCCCCGUCUCCCAGCUCAGCACCAACCUACAGAGCACCUUCAAACAGAGGCACAGCCACUUUGACCAGUUCUUCCGCGAGUUACUGGACAACGCGGAGCGCUCGCUCAACGACAUGUUCGUGCGCACAUACGGCAAGAUGUAUGUGCAGAACGCCGAGCUAUUCAAGCACUUCUUCCAGGAGCUGAAGCGCUACUAUGUGUCGGGCAGCGGGGCAGUCAACCUGGACUCCAUGCUGUCUGACUUCUGGGAAGACCUCCUGGAGAGGAUGUUCCGAUUGGUCAACGUCCAGUACGAGUUCAGCGACGCCUACAUGGAGUGCGUCAGCCGCCACACCGAGCAGCUAAAACCGUUUGGUGACGUGCCACGCAAGCUCCGCCUCCAGCUGACACGGGCCUUCGUGGCGGCACGCACCUUUACCCGCGGCCUGGCGCUCAUGCCCGAUGUGGUCAACAAGGUUUCCAUGGUCAAUGCGUCCCCUAGCUGUGUGCGGGCAGCCAUGAAGAUGAUGUACUGUCCCUACUGUUCUGGCCAGAUUGCCCUCAAGCCUUGUCAGAACUUCUGUCUUAAUGUGAUGCGUGGCUGUCUGGCCAACCAGGCUGAUCUCGACACAGAGUGGAACAACUUCCUGGAUGCCAUGUUGAGUCUGGCUGAGAGGUUGGAGGGGCCCUUCAACUUCGAGUCUGUCAUGGAUCCCAUUGACGUCAAGAUCUCUGAGGCCAUCAUGAACAUGCAAGAAAACAGCAUGCAGGUGUCACAGAAGGUGUUUCAGGGGUGUGGUCAGCCUCAGCCAGGUAAAGGCUUCCGGUCCCGUCGCUCAGUCAAGGAGACAGGAUUCACCGGUCGCUUCCGUCCCUACAGCCCCGAUGCACGGCCCACCACAGCUGCUGGCACCAGUCUGGACAGACUGACGACAGAUGUGAAGAAGAAGCUGAAGCAUGCUAAGAAGUUCUGGUCCACGCUGCCAGAGACGGUGUGUGUUGGAGAGAGGAUCACGUCAGGGGAUGACUGUUGGAAUGGAACAGCAAAGAGCAGGUAUGAGUCUGUUGUUAUGGGCAACGGAUUGGCCAAUCAGGUGUCCAACCCAGAUGUGGAAGUGGACAUCACAAAGCCAGACCUGGUGAUUCGCAGUCAGAUCGCAGUGUUAAAGGAAAUGACUAGCUGGCUGAAGGCUGCCCACAGCGGCAACGACAUCUCCAGCGACCAAGAUGAGGACGGUAGCGGAGGAGAGGAGAGUGGCAGCGGCUGUGACUCUCCGUCCUGUGAGGUGGACCGGGACAUCUACUUCUCCACCACGGCCACCCCCAUCAACCCCCGUGUAGUCAAGGUGGUGCACCAGGACACGAGUGGCGGAGUCCGUGUGGCACACGGGAGCAUGGCACUGGCACUCAGUGCGCUUGUCCUGGCCCUGCUCGCCCCCCACUGGAGAUAAAACUGCCAAGGGAAGGAAAGGGAGAGAGCGCCAGAGAGAAGGGGGGGAAAACUGUCAGAUACUUUAAAAAAGACUGCCUUCAGGACCUUUGUCUGCCCGCCAUCUUUGGGGGGGCUCUGGAGUUAUUAAUAUUAUAAUAACUUCACUUUUAAUUUUUAUAAAAAUGGACAUCAAAUGUACAGCGAUACGAUUUUCUUCCAAAAUGUUCACUUUAAAAAAAAAAAAAAUAUUAGCAUUUUGUCCUGAUUAACUGAUUAGCCCCUUGAAGCUAGGAUCUCCACCGCCACAUCACCGCCAGUGUUUUCAGUUCUACCAUUUUAGCCUAUUAUUCACAUUUUAGUUGUUGUUCAAGUGAGUGUUAGUGUCUUAAGGAUAUCUCAAUUGGAACCCGGGAUUGUGUGUGUGUGCGUGCGUUUUGUAGUGUGUCUGAGUGCUUUUCAUUUUAACAAUAUGCUCUCUAUUCAGAAAUACAUUUCCCUUAUCAAGAGCGCAACUAAGGAACAAUGUUUGCCAAUGUUUCUGGUUUGUAUGAGUGUGCUUCCUUUUCUUAAAAAAAAAAAUAGUGGCCUUUUUGUCAGGCUGGUCAGGGAUGAAUGUGUACGAAAACAUUGAAGUGGAAAUCUUGGUCACAUGUUGAAGCUUCACUGGCUCACACAGCUGAAAGUAUAAGAGACUGGUCGCUCUGUGGUUAAACACAGAGGAGUUACAGGGCUGAUUGUUUGGUAGGAGAUGGAACUAGCUGGUGAGGGGUUCUCUUGGUUUCUGUGUACCCAGGAUUGUAUUCAUCACAUCCUAAACUACACUAUAAACCAGUCCACUGAGAUCAUACUGCAUGUGUUCUCUGAAACAUCAUCAUUAUAAACUAGCUGUUGGAUGUAUGGGGGUAGUCUUGAUAUAGGUUACAAGGGAAUGCUGGAGAUUUGACAGGAGGGGCUCUCUCUCCCUGGCAUUCCCCCUAUAAAGGCAGAGCUGACGGGUGUCCUGGGGCAGUGACUCUGCACAGUCAGUCUGACAUGAAGAAAUGAGAUCUUGGCAGGGAGUGGCUUGUAUGUUCAACAUGUUUUAGAUAUAGCAGAAAAGAGAAACAGAGAUACAAGUGACUGUGAAUUGGAGAUGAGGGAACUGUGGAGACUGAGUAUGAUCAAAUUGGAACACAGGGUUUUACGUGGAGGUAGUGUUCACAUGUUUUGUAAUAAAGAUAUGUAUUAGGUACUACAAUGAAUUGUAUUGUUAGUUGUAGGAGCUGGUGGUCUGUGUGCACAGAUUGUUUUGGGGUGCUUGUUUGUACCCCAUACAGACAUUUACCUCUACUUUCAUUAAUCUGUCUGACGUGUCCCCCCUUUGCAUCCAAUAAUUUCAACUGUUUGCAACUGAAGUUGAUAUAUUCUCUCUUGCAUGGAAAAUGAAACCUUGGUACGUUAGUAACUACUUAAUGGUCAUGAAAAUGUUGUUUUCUGGGAAUUCUCAAAUCAAUCAAUUGUAUCUGUUGUCAGCAGAAGUACUUUUCUGUCUCUCCAAACACAAUGGUGUACCUGAGUUUGUUUUGAAUUGGACAACUGACAAGCACAAUCUGUUUGAAUUCACAUCACCUAAAAGUUUCACCUCACAUUAUCCAGUAGUUGCUUUUGUACAGUAAAUUAUUUAAUUGCAUGUUUAUUUUAAAGCAUUUACAAACAUGCAUUCAAAAAAAUACAGUACUCAGAAUGUAUUGAUAUAUUGUGUAGAUGAAAAGAUAUUCAUAAUUUUACAAAUUAACCAAAGGUAUUGGUUUCAUAUUUCCUAUUUUACAUUUGAAUUCUGUUAAGAAAAACAGACUUUCAUGUUGCAGUCUGUCAAGUCUUCUAAGGUGAUUGGCUGCUGUAUGGUGGUGAUGCCUGGACACGGCUGUUCGCUCAAUACCUUUUGUGCCUCUUGUGCCCCCAUGGUGCUGGACACAUUUCUGCACUAAACCUCUAAUGCCCACAAGGAUUACGCCUGGCCGGCCGCCAGGACUUGGAAGGAAUGCCCGAGGACAUUUGGGGAUUGAGGACAGGACAUUGUGAUGACAUGCAGCCAAAACAUCUAUGCAGCCUUUGCAGAGGAAAUAUCUAUACUGCCCUUCCACACUCAACUUGCAGUCUUUUAAUAAUGUUUCUGUCAUCAAAUUUUUUUUUUUCAAUCUCAAAUGGUAAAUGUGGGACAGUAAUGGCAAAUGUCUGCUUGAGGGCCAUGGCCGCAGAACUUCCUGUAGGCACGGCAGCAGGUGUGUUUGUCUAGCUUAUAGUACCAUAGGGGUUCUCCUUGUUUAUGAUCCAUGGAACAACCUCAGGUGUGUCUGAAAUGGCACCCUAUUCUUAAAGGUGCACUGUGAGCCCUGGUCAAAAGUGCACUAUGUAGGGAAUGGGGUGUCAUUUCAGACACAGCCUGAUAGUUGAGGAGAUGGAUACAGUGCCUUG